UCCGCGCGCGCGCGCACCCACACACCAGCACACACACACUCGUGCGCACGCACUGAGCGAAGGGGACGCGUGUGUGAAAGACAGAGCCUGUGAAUAAUUCUCAAUCCUUCUGCGACCCGUUCGGCUUUUGGAUGAUCCAUAAUAACCUCUCAUAAUAAUCUAGAAUAAUAAUUAAUAAUCAAUAAUCAUCCGGAUCAACAUGUCCCGCAGAAAGCAGAGCAACCCCCGGCAAAUCAAACGUCCGCUAGAUGGAGGUCUGGAGGAGGAAGAGGAGGAGUGUAUAUCUGAUGCAAAUGAACUUACUGCUAAAGAGGAGUUUUCAGUGGAGGAAAACUUUCCUGCUGACUUUGAACCAGACAGCCUCACCUGUGAGGACAUGGAGUACUUCUGCAGCAAAGGGGAGGAAAACGGCAACAGAGAAAUAGGAGAGACAGAGAUGGAAACAGACAGUGAGAAGACCAGACACCCCCCUCUGGAGCAAGAGGAAUGGGACGGUCCAAGAGAGCUGGACCUGUUCAACAAAGAUGGAGAGCGACGGAUUCACAGCCGCCAGCAGCUUCCUGUAGGAACCACAUGGGGGCCUUUCGAGGGGAAAAUUGAGCUAAACACAGAUGCUCAGUUAGGCCCAAGUUGCCGUUAUGAUCCUUCAGCCGUUAAAGAAAGAGCGGAAAAGAGGAACGUGUUGACCUAA